AUGAUUUGGAUCUGGAGUCUGCUAGUGGCUGUUGCUUUGGCAAAUGUCAAUGAUUUGGUUGGAACCUGGACUACCAAAUCUCGUCAGGUCAUCACUGGUCCAGGAUUCUACGAUCCAUUAAAGGACAAACUAUUGGAGCCCAAUUUGACGGGAAUCUCAUAUUCAUUUGACAGUGAUGGAAAUUAUGAAUCAGCUUACUAUCGAUCCAUCUCCAACCUAGCGGCCGACCCGAAAUGUCCCGGAGGCAUCAUGCAGUGGCAGCAUGGCUCCUACGCCGUGUUCGCUAAUGGAUCGUUGACUUUGACGCCUAUCGCCGUGGAUGGUCGUCAGCUUUUGUCCGAUCCUUGCCGCAAAGACAUUGCUGAGUAUACACGAUUUAACACCACUGAGCGGUUCAAGGGCUUCUCUGUCGGGAUUGAUAAGUACCACAACACCAAACGCCUCCAGUUGACUAGAGCAGAUGGCUCCAAGGCUCAUCCGAUGUUCAUCGCCCACGAACAGCCCAAGAUGCUUCCGAGCAAGACAUUGAACCCCAAUCCCACAGGCAACAAGGCCAAACGCGAUGUUCGGUCAGACACUGGAUUCUACCUUAUUAGCAGGGAUCAACUGAUCAACCCAGACCGGUGGUGGUGGCUGGGCGUUUUGAUGACAUCUCUUGGGGGAGCGGCUUUCUUUUACUCAUAA